ACAAAUCCAUCGCAUUCGGGGCGAAGCAGUCAAUCCCGACCAGCAAUUUUGGUAGUGGUCGGGUCGUUAGACUUCCAGGAGGCAUGAUUUUCUAAACCAUCCCAACCCCUCCCCAAUCCACCAAAGAUGGCCUCCUUGCGCCCCGGCCCGACCGAGGCCAUCUCCGUCUCCAGUGGAUCUUCGUCCACACCUCAGUAUACGCCUGUCUCCGACCGCUCCGAGAAUGAUGCUUCUCCCAAUCCAAACCGUCCAGCAGCCGGGUCUCUGAGAGUUCAGACGGCCUUCAGCUCCGAUGGGGAGUCGUUUACUGACGACGGGUUCGAUGAAGGAUAUGAUUCCUACGAAGAUGUGCAGCCCCUUUCGAGUAGUAGAAUUAGCAUACCAAAAUACACGAAAGAGGAAGAGGAUGGAAUCAUCAAGCAAUUCGAUCGCAAAUUGGUCCCUUUUCUAGCUCUUCUCUAUCUACUUUCAUUUUUGGAUCGUUCAAACAUUGGAAAUGCCAAAAUCGCCGGUCUCGCAGACGACCUGCAUCUCUCUUCAUCGCAAUAUGAAUGGCUCCUCACGGCCUUCUACAUCACCUACAUUCUCUUCGAAUGGAUGACCCUCAUGUACAAACUCGUCCCACCGCACAUCUACAUCGCUCUCUGCGUCUGCGGCUGGGGCCUUGUCGCAUCUCUCCAGUCGCUCGCUACUUCAUUCGGAGCUCUCGUCUUCCUCCGAGCAGCCCUCGGAAUCACCGAAGCAGCAUUCGGCCCUGGAGUACCCUUCUACCUCUCACUCUUCUACAAACGCGAAGAGCUCGCCUUCCGAAACGGCCUCUUCAUCUCCGCUGCUCCCCUCGCCUCAUCCUUCGCCAGCAGCCUGGCCUGGAUCAUCGUCCGCGUGAGCGACAACGGCCCAAUUGCACCCUGGCGCACCCUCUUCCUAGUCGAAGGGUUCCCCAGCAUCGUCGUCGCCGUCUUCGCCUGGAUGCUCAUCCCCGAUACACCAGGGAGCGCCUCAUUCCUGAACCCCCGACAGCGCGCCAUCGCACAGCUGCGCAUGGACGAGCUCAAACCCAACCACAAACCACACCAGCAGCAAUCGCCGCAGCGCAAAUCCUUCAACUGGAAAGAGGUCAAGAAGACACUUACCGACCCCAAAUCCUAUAUCACGGCCUUCAUGUUCUUCGCCUGCAACGUCGCCUUCAGCUCCAUGCCCGUCUUCCUCCCCACCAUCAUCCAAGACAUGGGCUACACAUCCCUAACAUCCCAAGCCCUCAGCGCCCCACCCUACCUCCUCUCCUUCCUAACCGUCCUCCUAACAUCCCACCUCUCGGACCGCACCCGCACGCGCAGCCCAUACCUAAUCUUCCACGCGCUGCUCUCUGCAACCGCCUACCUGGCAAUCGCCCUAGCGGGAUACUUCCACUCGCACCUCCCGCCCGCCAUCCACGUCGCCAUCCGCUAUCUGGCCGUCUACCCCGCCACCUCGGGGUUCUUCUCCGCAAUCACGCUCAUCAUCACCUGGACCAUGGAUAACCGGCCCGCGAACGAGGGGAAGGGGGCGAGCGUCGCCCUGCUAAAUAUAGAUACCAAAGUCAUGGUCAGACCAUGA